UUGCUUUUAUCAGACUCUCAGUCAUCAUACCAAGUUUUAUUUAGUUACAAUUUUAUUUCAGAUGAUGCAGCUGGAGGGCCGGCAAGGGGUAGUCCACCAUCCACUAAAAGCAGUUCUCAAAGGUUUUCAAAAGAAGGUCCAUCAUCUGCCGAAACUGAUUCGCAGAAAGUGUCAAAAGAAGGCCCCUCAUCGGUCAAAACCGAAUCGCAGAAAGUGCUGAGAGGAGAUCGUCCACCUACCAAAGAAAGCGAUUCUCAAAAAUUGGUAAAGGGAAGUCCACCGUCUGCCAAAACUGACAAAACUGACUCACAAAGAGCGAUACGGGAAACUCGACGAACUGCCAAAGAAACCAAGUCCCAAAGGUUGGCGAGGGAAGGUCCACCACCUACCAAAAGCGACUCACGUAAUGUAAGAGAAUGUCCAUCAUCUGCCAAAACGAAUUCGCAAAGAAUGGAAGCGCUCGAGAAAGCCGAGAGAGAUAUCGAGAAGGAUAUCAUGGAAAUCGCUGAAGAAAGAAGAAAGAUCUGGCUCGUUCACUCCUACGACGCUCCACUCGUGUACCUUAUGUGCUUCAUGAUUAUUCACAUCGGAUCGGCCUUUGCUACUGUUCAAGUGUUGGCAGUUGGGACGAAAAGAAUGGUAAUGAUCUGUGGUAGUGUUGAUGGAGCAGUGAUUCUUGUCUCCGUACUGCUUCUGAUGUUCAUCUCGAAGGAUAAAAACGGUCCGGGUAUCGGUUGA